AUGCCGAGCCCGAAGGCGACCGUCGAAGCUGUCUUCGACGACCUCGCGCUCUCUAACCCGUCGUUCCCGCUCGAGUCGGACGCGGUCUCGGUGCUCACGUCGCCCGAUGCAUUCUACCAGCAGCUGCUCACAAACAUCCGCGCAGCGCAGCGCCGCAUCAGCCUCUCGUCGCUCUACAUUGGCACGGACGAGCUCAGCCGCGCGCUCGUCGCAACGCUGCAAGAAGCCGUGGCUGCCAACCCAUGCCUCGAAGUGUCCAUCGUGCUCGACUACUCGCGUGGGCAGCGUGGCGGCAACACGGCCAAGAGCUCCGUGGCCGUCCUCACACCGCUCCUCGAAGCGCAUCCUGGCAACGUUCGCUUGCACUUGUACCGCGUACCGCAGCUCGAGCACUGGGCAGCCAAGCGUCUGCCACCGCCGUUCGACGAGACCAUGGGCGUGAGCCACUCCAAGGUCUACCUCUGCGACGACACGCUCAUCAUGAGUGGUGCCAACUUGAGCGGCGAUUACUUUACGCAGCGCCAAGACCGGUACGUGCAGAUUGACUCCAAGCACCUCGCGGCCUUCUACCACACCUUUGUCGAGGUCAUGGCCGAGCACGCGCAUGGUGUGUCCAUGAGCGGUGGCGUUCCGCUUGUCAACGCCCCCAUGGGGUCGCCAGCCGACUUUGCCAACGCGCUGAGCGACUUGCAGCAGUACCCGUCGGUGACCGAGCCGUCGAACGCGACGACGUGGGCGAUGCCAACGAUCCAAUUCUCGCCGCUGCGCAUCGUCCAGGACCAGCACACGCUGUCGCGUCUCGUGGGCCUUUUGCCCGAGCACGCGUCCUUGGACAUUGCGUCGGGGUACCUCAACUUCCCGCCCUUCUUGACGGAGGCGCUCGUCGACCGCGGCGUGCCACUCGAUGUGCUCACGGCGGCGCCGAUGGCCAACGGCUUCUUCAACGGCAACGGCAUCAAGGGCGCGCUUCCGAUGGCCUACUCGCUCAUCGAAGCCGGUUUCUACGACCGCUUUGGGCCCGAGUUGCUCACGCUGCGCGAGUACAACCGAAGCGAUUGGACGUUCCACGGCAAAGGACUGUGGGUCCAUGACCGCAACGGCGCGGUGCCGCUCACGAUCGUCGGGAGCUCCAACUUUGGCCAGCGCUCGUACGGCCGGGACCUCGAGUCGCAGGUGUACUUGUUUACUACCGACCCUGCGCUCCAAACGACGUUCCAAGGCGAGUACGAGCAGCUGCGGACGCACAGCGAAACCGUGAAUGACGCGCUCUGGAAGCGCCCGGACCGACAGCUCCACGGCCUCUUCUCGUGGAAGUAUGGCCACUGGAUACGGCCGGCGGCCCGCGCCGUCAUCUCCUUCUUGUAG